AUGGCUUCGUCAAUGCCACAGAAGCGUUACUACAGACAGCGAGCACAUUCAAAUCCGAUGGCACAUCAUACAUUUGAUUAUCCUGUGUCUCCUGAGGAGAUGGAAUGGCACACGCUAUAUCCACAGUUUUUCACGGGGGUGCAGUCGCCUCAAGAAACUCCACAAGUUGAGUUUGCAGACAUUGGAUGUGGAUACGGGGGACUUUUGGUGGAGUUAUCUCCACUUUUCCCAGAUAAACUUAUGCUGGGAUUGGAGAUCAGGGUGAAGGUGUCCGAUUAUGUCCAGGAUCGUAUUAAGUCAUUGCGUGAGACCAAUCCAGGAAACUACCAGAAUAUUGCCUGCCUUCGCAGCAACGCCAUGAAGUAUCUUCCCAACUUUUUCAAGAAAGGACAGCUCUGUAAGAUGUUCUUCCUAUUCCCGGACCCUCAUUUUAAGAAGACCAAGCACAAAUGGAGGAUCAUCAGUCCCACGUUGUUGGCAGAGUAUGCCUACACACUGAGAAUCGGCGGUUUAGUCUACACCAUCACAGAUGUGGAGGAGGUCCACCUUUGGAUGGUGAAGCACUUCAGUGAACAUCCGUUAUUUACACAGGUCCCCGAUGAAGAGCUGGUUGAUGAUGUCAUCAUUCCUCGCUUGGGUAUUUGCACAGAGGAGGGAAAGAAAGUGCAGCGCAACAAAGGGCAAAAUUUUCGGGCUAUUUUCCGGAGGAUUGAAGAUCCAAAUGCAGAAAAAAAUAUCUAG